CCGUAGCAGCCAAUAAUAGAUAUUUGAAGUCACAGCGGAAUCGGCGUCUGACAAAACAACUGCUUCUCUUCAUUUUCCACAGACCAGAUCAUUUGAAGUGAAAUCAAUCGUGAGUGAGCGAAGCCAGAAGAGAAGCCACCCGCAACAUUCCAGAGUAACCAUUUCUGUAGGGUCGGACGGACAUACAAACAACGUUCAUAUAAAUUGCUCGCGCUGUUCAUUGGUUACCGCCAUUAGUCGCUACCUCGCUCGCACACGCGCUCAACACCUACCCUAACCCGUCAAAUACCUUCUUGCCACGCCCGUAAAGAUGGCUCCUAAGAAGCAGAAUGGGUUUAUGAUGUUCGUAAACGAGUGGAGGAACCGGAACGCCGAGGGCCGACGAAUGACGCUGGCGGAGGCUGUUUACCACUGCGGCACCAUAUGGGAGAAAAUGGACACCCAGCAGCGUGGUCCGUACAACUCAGACGCCAAGGACGCAAAUGCGGCGCGCCGCGACAAAAGGGGAAGUCUCAACGGCCACGGCCAGGUGGACAAGGCCCAAAGGGAGGCCGCCGAGAGCUUGAUGGACAAGGCCCAAAGGGAGGCCGCCGAGAGCUUGAUGGACAUGAAACGCACCACCGAGCGCCUCGUGCUAAACGCCAAGAUGUCCCAUGAUCUGGAGAAUGCCAAGUUUGUCUUCGUUGCCUUCAACUACUUCACUAAAGCCUUGACCACCGACGUCUAUGUGCCCGCCGAGUUUGCGGCAUGCGAAUACUCGUUGAAGGAGGGAAUCCGAUCCAUCUACAGCACCAUGAUUGACCCCGGUCAGAUCAUUUUUGGGCAAGGUAGCGAUGCCCUGCACAACUCGUCAACCACUCACGACCUGCCGCUGCCGCCCAACGCGCUGGGGGAGAAGAACAUGGCCAAGCUGUACCACAACAUUCUGGACUACUUAACCAAAUGCCAGGGAGAAGGCAAGACCCCAAUAGUCUUUACUCCCGCCGAAAAUAUUGGCAUGGUGAAGUCAUGCUUCCGCUAUUUGGAGUGCGAGGAUGACUCCAGGGACGGGAGCGGAAAAAUCGAGGUGUUUGAUAUCCAGUACUUGUUAUUCAUAUUGAAGAAGGAGGUCAUGAGUGUCGCUGGUUUGAAUGAUGAGAAAAUUAACAAAUUCGCGACGGAUGCCUUUUUUAAGAAUGACUUUUUCGAGUUUACAGCAGGGAUUGCGUGUCAGUACCACGAGGAUAAUGAUCGAACCAAGUACUGUACCCAGAGUAUGGUGACUAGAUGGGCGUACACCUUUACAGACUUUAUGUGCGGAGACCUGGCCAUAACCGUCCAACCCGGAAAGCACAUACCUGCCCAAACCAAACCCAACUAUCGUAUAAUAAGCUCGGACGCCUCCUCACUCGACCACGAGUCCUCCUUCGACUCUUUUUAUUCGCUCCCCGGGUCUCAGGUCAAGAAGGAAAGCGAACCCGAAGAUUGUUCGCUUUCUAGCAGUCGGCUUUCCGUCGCAUCAAGAAGCUCCUACAAGCCCAAAGACCACACUUCCUUUGCCGCAGAUUUAAACGAAAUGUCUGAAUUCCCCAGCCUCGGCAUGCGUAAUUCUAGAAAGCAUCACGGUUCUGCCGCUAGUGCUCAGCGGAAAUGGAACGCAGGGGCUACGAACUGACCGACGCACUCGCGUUCUAUUCGGAAGGUUUCAGACAACGACUUCUGUGUAACCGGUUCUGAUGGGAACCCUAAAAACUAAGCCACUUUGGUCUAUUAAUUGGAUUUAAAAAGAAUCAUUCCUUACAGAUUUAAUUUAAAAUUUUAUCUUUAUCUGACUAAACUGUACAAAUACUACUACUUGUAUUUAAAAAAUAAAUUCGCAUAAAUUGGGCACAACA